GACUCUGGAGAGUAUUACUGUACAGCUCAGAACAAAGUGGGGAGGAAGAAAUCUGAAUAUACCUCCAUUGAUGUCAAAUACAACCCAAAGUCUCCCUCUGUGUCAGUGAGUCCGUCUGGUGAAAUCACAGAGGGCACUGCAGUGACUCUGACCUGUAGCAGUGAAGCUAACCCAGCAGCUACGUUUGUCUGGUACAAGAAGAACAGCCAAGCACUCAGCAAAAACCCACAGCUCAUCUUCAGCUCCAUCCAGUCCUCUGACUCUGGAGAGUAUUACUGCAGAGCUGUGAACAAGCUGGGGUCAACACUUAAAUCCAUCACUAUUGAUGUGAAAUAUGCUCCAAAGCCUCCCUCUGUGUCAGUGAGUUCUCCUGGUGAAAUCACAGAGGGCACUUCAGUGACUCUGACCUGUAGCAGCGAUGCUAACCCAGCAGCUACGUAUGUCUGGUACAAGCUGAACAAUCAAACACCUGUCAGUACAGAUUCACAGCUCUCCUUCAGCUCCAUCCAGCCUGCUGACUCUGGAGAGUAUUACUGUACAGCUGAGAACAGGCUGGGAACAUCAACACCUACAAACAUUUCUGUUGAUGUGAAAUAUGCUCCAAAGCCUCCCUCUGUGUCAGUGCGUCCCUCUGGUGAAAUCAAAGAGGGCACUUCAGUCACUCUGACCUGUAGCAGUGAUGCUAACCCAGCAGCUACGUUUGUCUGGUACAAGACAAAUGGAAGGAUACCUCUCAGUAAAGAACCACAGCUUGUCUUCAGAUCCAUCCAGCCCUCUGACUCUGGACAGUAUUACUGUAUAGCUGCUAAUACAGUGGGGACGACAUCUGAAUAUGUUUCUAUUAAUGUGAACUAUGCUCCAAAGUUUGUGUCAGUGAUGGUGAGCCCUUCUAAUGAAUUCAGGGAGGGCGGAUCAGUGACUCUGAUCUGUAGCAGUGAUGCUAAUCCAGCAGCUCAAUACUCCUGGUACAAGAAGAAUGGACAAAAGCCUCUCAGUAGUGAACAGCAGCUCUCCUUCAGCUCCAUUCAGCCCUCUGACUCUGGAGAGUAUUACUGUACAGUUCAGAACAAAGUGGGGAGGAAGAAAUCUGAAUAUACCUCCAUUGAUGUCAAAUAUGAUCCAAAGCCUCCCUCUGUGUCAGUGAGUCCGUCUGGUGAAAUCACAGAGGGCACUGCAGUGACUCUGACCUGUAGCAGUGAUGCUAACCCAGCAGCUACGUUUGUCUGGUACAAGAGGAACAGCCAAGCACUCAGCAAAAACCCACAGCUCAUCUUCAACUCCAUCCAGUCCUCUGACUCUGGAGAGUAUUACUGUAGAGCUGUGAACAAGCUGGGGUCAACACUUAAACCCAUCACUAUUGUUGUGAAAU